AUGAUGAUCAGGCCCACGUUCACCAAAGAUUCUUACGAGCUUUGUACAAAUGGACCAAUCAUAAUAAGCUACAUCCCUGACACAACCAAAAUCGAUCAGGAGUGCACGUUUUCUUAUCAGAUUCAAUCUGGUUGGACUCCUCUUUUAUGUUCAACUGCCCAGUGUUUCAACAGAAUUAUUUGCUUGUCAGCUGACGCACCGUUGUUUGCGUGUGAGUCUGUUGAUAUCAUCGUGGAGGGAAAAGAUGUGGAUCUCAUUCUCCAACGUGAUUGUUUGAUAGAAAGGAAUGACCGCUCGAAUGUAGUAUUCACAGAUUUCCGGGGGUCCUUGCCGAGAACCGGAGUUAUAGUUCUUGAUGCAGCCGAUCUAUCACAAUUUGGAGAACGCGUACAGGCUCAUAUAUCUGACCAAAUGACGGUGUUCUGUGAGGGUAGACAGUCGAUCACUAUAAAAAACGGGUUAAACACUAGGAUUCAUAGAUUUGGCUCUGUUGCUUCUGUGAUAAGUUGA